AUGGAACACCCUAAUACGGAAGCAUUAGCAGCGGAGAUUACGGAGCUACAGUCGCUAUUGGAAACAACCAAGACGAUCGGUAACAAGCACGACCUGGAGCAAUUACUUUAUCGCAAGAAAAAGGCGCUGGAAGCUGCGAAUGUGUCAAAACUAACACCAUCGCUCGAGCCAGUCAAGGCCGUGACGCAUUCUGUGGCCAAUGACGUUGCUACGUUUACCGAAAUUAGUCGAUUCGGCUGGGAGGAUGAAGGUUAUGGAAAGGAAAAAGUGGAAGUUUAUAUAAUGUCGGGGAUCGAUGGAGUGGGGAAUUUGUCCAAGGAGAAGGUGACAUGUCAGUUUACCAAGACGUCGUUCGAUCUAAAGAUUAUUGGAUUGGAAAAUAAAAAUUACCGCCUGGUGAAGCAGCAUUUGGAAAAGGAGAUUGACCCAUUGAAGAGCUCAUUUCGUGUCAAGAAGAACCGCAUUACAAUCUCAUUGCAUAAAAUGGAAAAGAACAAUACGUGGAUGAAUCUAACGGCCAAGAAUCCACUGAAGACGAGUAAACCCGACACGACUGACCCGGGUGCAGGUAUCAUGGAUAUGAUGAAGAAUAUGUACGAAGAAGGUGACGAUGAGAUGAAGCGCACUAUUGCCAAGGCGUGGAGUGAGAGUCGUAACAAGACGGGGGCUGCGAGCCCGUUCUAG